AUGUUUCAAGCACCUAGAGAGUCCACUCUCUUUUUGAGUGGUGAAAAAGUUAGCGGAGAAGAUGUCCGCAAUCAAAAUGUUUUGGCUACGACUGCAAUUGCCAACAUCGUGAAGUCUUCCCUUGGCCCUGUCGGUUUGGAUAAGAUGCUAGUGGAUGAUAUUGGUGAUGUAACCGUCACCAACGAUGGUGCUACCAUUUUAUCGUUACUAGAUGUUGAACAUCCUGCUGGCAAAGUUUUGGUAGAGUUAGCACAACAGCAAGAUAAAGAAGUUGGAGAUGGAACCACAAGCGUUGUGAUCAUCGCCGCUGAGCUUUUGAGACGCGCUAAUGAGCUUGUGAAAAACAAAAUUCACCCAACUACUAUCAUUACAGGAUACCGUUUAGCCAUCCGCGAAGCUGUAAAGUUUAUGAACGAUGUUUUGAGCUCCAGCGUUGAUACCUUAGGAAAAGAGAGUUUGGUAAACGUUGCAAAGACUAGUAUGUCUUCAAAAGUUAUCGGUAACGAUUCGGACUUUUUUUCAGCAAUGGCUGUCGAUGCCAUGCUUUCUGUAAAAAGCAUAAAUCCUAAAGGAGAAACUCGUUACCCGGUUAAGGCUGUCAAUGUCUUGAAAGCUCACGGUCGAAGCUCUCGUGAAUCUGUUUUGGUCAAAGGAUAUGCAUUGAACUGUACUGUUGCAAGUCAAGCAAUGAAAACAAGAGUUCCAAAUGCAAAGAUUGCUAUUUUGGACAUGGAUUUACAGAGAACUCGCAUGGCAUUAGGUGUCCAUAUCACCAUUGACGAUCCUGAUCAACUUGAAAAGAUUCGCGAACGUGAAGUUAUGAUAAUCUUGGAACGCAUUAAGAAGAUUCUUAACUCUGGUGCUAAUGUCAUUUUAACGACAAAGGGAAUUGAUGACCUAUGCUUAAAGUCCUUUAUAGAAGCUGGUGCUAUGGCUGUACGCAGAUGCAAGCGUGAAGAUUUGAGACGUAUCGCAAAAGCAAGUGGUGCUACUAUGUUGAGUUCAUUGUCCAACUUGGAAGGUGACGAAGUCUUCGAAAGCUCUUACUUGGGUUACGCUGAAGAAGUCGUCCAAGAAAAGUUCUCUGACGAUGAAUGUAUUUUGGUCAAAGGUACCAAAGCUUAUUCUUCAGCCUCUUUGGUCUUGCGUGGUCCUAACGAAUUCACUUUGGAUGAAAUGGAGCGUUCUUUGCACGAUGCUCUUUCGGUUGUCAAACGUACUUUAGAGAGCGGUGCUGUUGUUCCUGGUGGCGGUGCUGUUGAAAGUGCACUUAGCAUAUACUUAGAAAAUUUUGCUACUUCACUUGGUUCUCGUGAACAAUUAGCGAUUGCCGAAUUUGCUCAAGCUUUGCUGAUUAUUCCCCGAACCCUUACUGUUAAUGCAGCUAAAGACUCCACUGAACUUACAGCAAAACUUCGUGCUUACCAUGCUGCUAGCCAAAAUGCUGAGGUAACAGACAUAAAAAAGCGUGGCUAUAAAAAUUAUGGUCUUGAUUUGUUGAACGGAGUUAUUCGGGAUAAUAUAAAGGCUGGUGUUUUGGAACCUUCUAUGUCUAAGUUAAAGAGUUUGAAGAGUGCGGUUGAAGCUUGCAUUGCCAUCUUACGAAUUGAUACAAGUAUAAAAUUAGAUCCUGAGCAACAACCUGAAGAUCCUCAUGCCGGUAUGCAUUAA